AUGCUCAGAACAGCGUUCAGGGCUCGCAUUGGUCCACAAACUGCUUUAAGAACUGUCAAAACCUCCCAGCUUCUUUUGCCACGCGCUGCACGCUUUUACUCGUCCAAUGGAGGUUCUCAGCAACCGAAGUCUCGGGGCAAGCUAUUGGUGCUAAUGGGCGCAUUGGCCUUGGGCUCAACCCUUUUCUCGAUAAACUACCAGAAGAACCCCCCAGUAGCGUUCGUGGAGGAGGAAAACGACAAGAAAACUCAGAGGCCUGCUUUCUCAGAAAAAGAAGUUUCUGUGAUCUUUGUUCUAGGCGGCCCUGGCGCGGGCAAAGGAACGCAGUGCGCGAACCUAGUUAGAGACUUCCAAUUUGUACAUUUGUCUGCUGGCGAUCUUUUGCGGGCCGAGCAAAACCGUUCUAACUCGAAGUAUGGAGAGCUCAUCAAACAUUACAUCAAGGAGGGUCUAAUUGUUCCACAAGAAGUGACCGUAGCUCUGCUCAAACAGGCUAUCCAGGAGAGCUACGAGAAGGGCCAGAAACGGUUCCUCGUUGACGGGUUUCCUAGAAAAAUGGAUCAAGCCGUGACCUUCGAAGAGGAGAUCGUGCCUAGCAAGUUUACUCUAUUUUUUGACUGUCCAGAGAGCGUCAUGCUAAAAAGAUUGCUUGAAAGAGGCAAGACCAGUGGCAGAAGCGACGAUAAUGUCGAAUCCAUCAAAAAAAGAUUCAAAACAUUCAUUGACACCAGCAUGCCCGUCGUCAAGCAUUUUGAGGAGCAGGGCAAGGUCGUCACUGUCAGCUGCGAUCACGAUAUGAACGAAGUGUACAACCAAGUCAAAGCGGCUGUCAAAGACAAGAUUUUGUAG